CUUCACCUCAAAUAUCGCGAGAGUUUCCGGAACGCGCACAUCAUACCGUUUCCAUGUUAGCUUCCGAGCAGGCGAAGUGCUCGAUGGCCCAGCGUCGGAUGAUUAAGAGGCUGUCUAGUUCCCAACAACCCCUGCAUGUCAGACUGAGCUGAUAUCACGAAGAUGAGGAGGAGGAGGAGGAGGGUGGGUCAGUCAGUCUUCUGAUCUCUGUCCGUCUGCAUGGAGGAUGUGGUUCUCCACUAUCAGUCUGGAUCAGCAGAGGGGCUCAGCUCUCUGUUAGAGAGGACAGAGAAACUUCUGGAGCCUUUCCCCUAUCGGAUUCCCCCGGUCUUCGUGCCGUGGUUCCCCACCGCCACAACAGACCGCCGGCUGCCCAUCAGACCUGCCAAACCAGCUCCUGUUAUCACCCACGUGGGUGAUUUACUCAUCUCUGACAGCAGGUCACACACUCACACAACAGUGACAAAAUCCCCCCCAGGAAACGAACUACAAAAACCUAAAGUUGACGGCCUCGUUGCUGAAGAACGUCAUGAUUGUCCACAUGCAGAAACGACAAGAAUUCCACCUGAAAAAACACAGAAGAGCAAAGAUGCCUUCUGCGUCCCAGAAACCCCAAACCAUCUCCUCCCAGCAUCACUCUAUCACGAACCAGAGAGAGGGGUCACCAGACUGUCGCCUGGAAAGCUGCUACAGAAAGACAAAGAAGGCUUCACCCUCUCAAACUCCCCGAUCAAACGCUCCUGGAGCGUCUUUACACAGAGAGGGGUCCUGCUGCAGAGCUCCCAGUCGCUGUCCAAACAGUUUCAUCACAUGGUGUCGGUCCACAGGCUCCACCUCCGCCAGAGGGCCAAAUGGGCGAUCAGUGAGCGCAACUGUGGGGCGGCCCGGGACAUCGAACAGGUUUGGCGGACUCUGAGCCGGUCCGUCCGGAGCUCCAGGCUGCCGACGUGCAACGCCAACAUCCAGAGGGAUGUGGCGGAGAUCUGGGUGUUCUGCGACGUUCUCUACUCUGAGCAGGUGGGGCGCUUCCUGAAGGACGAGCUGCAGCUGUCGGGGAGGAUCAGCCUGUCGGUUCACAGACUGGGAAGCAUCUUCAGCAUGUAGAGGAACUUUGGCUGGAAAUAGUCUGAUCAGUCCACAGACAACAGACUCAGGUUUUUACUAACUCAAAGGCAACGGUAACAGGACUCUAUGCAUGCAGUCCCCUUUGAACAUUUCAAUAUGAGAUGAUAAAUUACGAGUUUACAAGCAUAUUAAGGACAUGACGUUAGCCUGGAACAUGAGAAACCUGGUUCUUCAGCUCCCUGUCAUCAUUAUUAUUAUUUACCAUCAUAUUUUUUGUAUCUUGAGGGGACGCACCUGCGAACAUGGCAGACAACGAUCAGAAACCUGGAUCAGGUGUUCACAUGCCACAGUAUCCUGGUUUCUAUCGAAAUGCUCCAGUUAGAAUAUCCAGGUUUCUCAAAACCGCGGUAAGGCCUUGUCCAGGUUUCUGAAACCAGGAUGUAAUGUUAAGCUAUGCGACACAUAACCAGACGGGUGUUUGAUGAAGAGAGAACCAGUUAAACCAGGCUUAUUUCAGAGUCAGGCUUAAUCCUAGGAAAAUCUGUUUUCAUAAAGUAAACUUCAUUUCUGUAGAGCCUUUCAAAACCAGAGUUACAAGGUGCUUCCGAAAAUACGAUCCCAUACGAUACCAGGGAGUGUUCAAAUAUAGAGAAAUAAACCAUACAACAACAAUAUAUAGAAUGAAGAAGGUAUUUUGAGACGGGGUCACACACAGAAAAAUAAAUCAAAACAUCAAAGAACAACAUAUAAACACCAUGCUAUAAAAAGGUUAUAAAAAUGCCAAACUAUAAAAUUGGAACUUUAAGAAGCUUCAGCAUAUGGAGACUGUAUAUCCCUACAAACAAGUGGGAUUACAAAAAAAUCCAACUGACGGAGAAUUUAUGUCUUGCUAGUGAAUAACAUACCUGGCUGGGGCCCUAUGUGAUACAUCAGAGUCGUUAAAACUGUGUUGCAUCUUUACACAUUUGCAUCUAUACGUUAAUUUUCAGCACAUAUGACAGAAAGAAAGAUCACACCAUUUACCUCCGACUUGAACCCACAACGUCAUGAGUGUAGCAACAAACGGAGCUAACGCAGGAGUACGGCGGAUUUGAGUUCGUCUCUACUUCCGACAGAGUCUGCGCUACAGCAUUCUUCUCUUUAGCUUUGUUUGUCGUAGUGAUGUUCUUGUCCAUAUUACAUGUUUACUAUGUGUUGCUUUGUGGCUGUGAGUAUCACAGUUUUUGUCCUAACAUGUCCGCUUUCUUCACCGUGCCUUGGCUGUGCCAUGAGAUAAGCCAGACUUGACUUUUGCUCACAUUAGCUCCAAACCAGCUUUAUGAAAUCGAUCAAUCAUGGUACAGUUUCUGUGUUUUAUGGAAGACAUUAUUUUCAGAGUAAGCCCUGCUUUUCUGAGCCACCUUUAUCCAAAGUACAGAAAGGGUUUGCACACUCACAUCAGUGAGACAUGAGAUAUUACAAAAUCUAGUAUUUAUUAGAGUAUAUUUGUAAUUACAUCUAGUAAAUACACAACAUUCAAACAGAGCUUCAUUAAUAUUUUACAAGAAUUGACUUCAUUGAUGAACUGAAGGUGAAUUGAGGUUCCAGCCGGUACCGUAUGUUUUAUAAAUGUGAGAAUGGUUAUGAUUGAUCUUCCCUUUGAUUUUUCUUGUCACUCUCUGAUGUAAAUAAAGGUUUAAUAUGUAGUGAUGGA